AAAAAAGGUGGGCUCAUAUUUCUUCCCCUGACAACAAAUGAAAUGAGCCCGAAAAGCCAGGGGCCUUCACCUUAGGUUUCAAUCAGCGAAUCCGCUUAUCUCUCAACCUAACUCAUUCCGGCAGCCGUACGAUCCGCCGCCUUAGCCGCCGCUUCCUUAUGUUUUCCGCUGAUCUGACAGAUUAAUCGUGUGAUUCGCGCUGUGGGGAGACCCCUGAUCGGAAUUCGAGCUGCCAUCGUCAUCAUAAUCUCCGAGUCUUCUGCUACAGUUGGCGUGUGAUUAAAAGAAGACAAAAAUUAUAAGAAAGAUUUUUUUUUUGUAUGUCUCCAUCUGUUUAUUUCUUGUCCGUGGUUGUGAAAUUUGGUGUUGACAAUUACGGAGCAGACGCGCGUGAACGGAUAUGCAGAAGAGUGGGAGUCUAUCCAGGAGUAGUAAUAGUCCGUCAGUGAGAGUGUCGUCGUCGUCUCCGCAGACUCAGCAGUCGUUGAGGCGGCUGAGCUUGUGUUCACAAAUAGCAACCCACUCUUCCCCAAUUGUGUUCCCUGAGAAACGUACUAAGAAGCUCAAGGCUUCCUCCAAACGUGGUGAAGCCCCUGUCUUUGAUGAUCAGCCUGAUAAAUCCAAAAGGGAAGAGCACCGAAUCGAUAUCGGAGGAGGGGAUGAAAAAUCUGAUUUACUUGGUUAUGUGGUUUGCUCAGGGAAGCUCAUUUUAGAUAAGAGAAAGAAUGUCCCACCUAAUACUAAUUCCGCCGAUGUAGAGCAGAAUUCAUCUACUGAUAUUGCCAACCAAGAAGCUGUCGAUGCUAAACUCACUAGCAAAGCUUUGGUUUGGGGUUCUCAUGUGUUGCCUCUCGAUGAUGUCGUCUCGGUAUCCUACAAUGUGGGUGUUAGACAUUUUACUGUGCAUUCUUACCCUCUUAAAAAGGGUUCUUGUGGCCUUUCGUGUUUUAUUAAACCAAAGAGAAGUCGAAAGGAUUUUCGUUUCUUGGCUUCUAGUGUAGAAGAGGCAGUUCAAUGGGUUGGUGGGUUUGCAGAUCAGCAAUGUUUCAUCAAUUGUUUGCCUCACCCAUUGCUUUCUUCAAAGAAACAAGCCUCUUCUGAAUUGUUUCCGGUGGAUGCUCCUCCUGAGCUUGUGUUCAGGUGCAAGAAUCCACCAAAGAUGCUUGUUAUAUUGAACCCAAGGUCAGGUCGGGGUCGUUCUACUAAAGUUUUCCAUGGCAUUGUGGAACCAAUAUUUAAGCUUGCAGGGUUUAAAUUGGAGGUGGUCAAAACGACUUCUGCUGGCCAUGCUAAAAAAUUAGCAUCUACUGUUGAUAUCAGCACAUGCCCCGAUGGAAUAAUAUGUGUUGGUGGUGAUGGGAUUAUCAAUGAGGUUCUAAAUGGUCUGCUUAGUAGAGACAAUCAGAAAGAAGGAAUUUCUAUACCCAUUGGAAUUAUACCAGCAGGUUCUGACAACUCACUUGUUUGGACUGUUCUUGGAGUUAGAGAUCCAGUCUCUGCUGCAAUUUCUAUUGUGAAGGGAGGUCUUACCGCUACAGAUGUUUUUGCUGUUGAGUGGAUUCAGACUGGUGUUAUUCACUUUGGGAUGACGGUCUCUUAUUAUGGUUUUGUCAGUGAUGUCUUAGAACUUUCUGAGAAAUAUCAGAGACGAUUUGGUCCUCUACGAUAUUUUGUUGCUGGGUUCCUCAAAUUUUUGUGCUUGCCGAAGUACAACUAUGAAGUGGAGUACCUGCCAGUAGUAAAAGAGGAACGAGAAGGUAAAAACUCGACUGAUCGGGAAGUGGUUGACAUGUCAGACCUGUACACAGACAUUAUGAGGAGGUCAAACACAGAUGGUAUUCCCAGAGCCUCUAGUUUGUCCAGUAUCGAUUCAAUAAUGACUCCUAGCCGAAUGUCUGGAGGUGAGGUGGACACUUGUAGGGGCACUCAUGCAAGCACUGAACCAUCUGAGUAUGUGCGAGGCCUUGAUCCCAAAAAUAAACGGCUAUCAUCUGGGAGAAGCAAUGUAACAGCGGAACCAGAAGUUAUUCAUCCUCAGUUACCACUUUCAACGACUCCAAACUGGCCAAGGACCAGAUCAAAGUCAAGGACAGAUAAAGGAUGGAGUGGAUUGACGGCAGCACAGGAUCCUUCUAGAUGUUCUUGGGGUAAUGCUGGAACAAAUGAUAGAGAGGAUAUAUCUUCAACGUUGUCUGAUCCAGGUCCAAUAUGGGAUGCUGAACCAAAGUGGGACACUGAGGCUAACUGGGAUGUAGAAAAUCCAAUCGAGUUACCAGGGCCAUCAGAUGAUGUUGAAUCAGGAAUAAAGAAGGAAGUUGUCCCAAGAUUCGAAGAUAAAUGGGUUGUGACUAAGGGGCCAUUUCUUGGCAUCCUUGUGUGUAACCAUGCAUGCAGAACUGUGCAGAGUUCUCAGGUGGUGGCACCAAGAGCUGAACAUGAUGACAACACCAUGGAUAUGCUGUUGGUUCACGGGAGUGGGCGACUGAGGCUGAUGAGAUUUUUCUUGCUGCUGCAGAUGGGAAAACACCUUUCACUGCCAUAUGUUGAAUAUGUCAAGGUGAAAUCAGUUAAGAUUAAGGCUGGGAAACACACACAUAAUGGUUGUGGUAUUGAUGGUGAACUUUUUCCCCUCAACGGACAAGUAGUAUCGUCUUUGCUUCCAGAACAGUGCAGACUAAUCGGUCGCUCCCCAGGCCGUCAUGUAUAAUGACCAAGAGAUCUGUUUUUUUGAAUUUUCUUCUUUUUGUGAUAUCUUGGGACGUGAAUGCUCUCUUCUAUUCUCGUGGCUGUGGAAUAUGCAGAGUGUCCUUAUAGAAAACAAAAUAUAUCUUCUGAUAUAUUUUUCAUGUUAACCUUCCCCCCCUUCCCAUUUGGCCGUUUGUGCCAUUACGUACAUGAGGUCCCUGUAAAUUUUUUGUUGGGUUUAUGUAUCUGUUGCUUGUUUAUUUGCUUCUUUACUCCCCUAUGGUAUAUACGCUUUUAUCUUGAUUGUUUGUGUGUGUGAGCUGCUAUAUGUAUUGAAAACCCCUCCUUUUUUUUUCUUUAUAA